GUUCCGUCCCUUAUAAUAUUUAUUGUUAUUUUUAUUAUCUUACGAGUUUUAUAAACUUCUCUCAGUUUGGACUUUGUUAAUCAAUUGCUUACAAAAUUUUGGCUAUAAUUACACACUUACCUGCACUUGCAAACUUAAUGUCUCGUGCUUUAUUUUAGAAUAAAAAUAACUAUUGAAUGUUCUAAUUAUUGAAUCAUACUUAAGCUACACAGCUUUACCGGCAACCCUAAGUUCAUUGCCAGACCGGGGUUUCGGAGGAUACAUCAAACUUCGUUAAUAAAUAAUGAAAUUCUUGUUAUCAUAUUGACUUGUUUUACAUUUCUCAGGUCUUAUAAAAAUUUAUUUCCAGUUUUAAAUCUAUUGUAUUCUUCAUUUCUAUUAAAACUAGAAAUCAAUGUGAAGUUUUCAAAUAUAAUUAUGGUAUCAUAUUCUGAUAGUGUAACAUCUAAUCUGACUUCUCUGGCUAAUAACAACAUUCAACAACCAGAUCAAGCAGUUUUUGAAGCUGAUAAAAGAGCUGUGUACAAACAUCCCCUAUUCCCAUUAUUAGCGUUAUUAUUUGAAAGAUGUGAACAAGCAACACAAUCUGCUACAAUUCUAAAUUCUGAAAGUUUCAAUACUGAUAUUCAAGCAUUUGUUCAACACCAAGAACAGGAUAGGAAACCAUUUUUUACAAAUGAUACUGAAAUUGAUGGCCUAAUGAUAAAAGCCAUUCAAGUUUUAAGAAUACAUCUUUUAGAAUUAGAAAAAGUCCAAGAAUUAUGUAAAGAUUUUUGUAGUAGAUAUAUUACUUGUUUGAAAAUUAAAAUGCAAAGUGAAAAUUUAUUACGCUCUGAUUAUACUACUGGUUAUUUUGAUAAUAAUAGUAGUGAAACAUCAAGUAAUAGUAAUUCACCUUUAUGUCACUCUCCUCAUAGUGUUCAGGUGACAUCCUCAUCAGGAUCAGUUAUGCAACAUUCUGGAGACAUUGAUGCUGUAAAACCUAAGACCAUCAUGGAUUUAAAAAAUAUUUCUAGUCUUUUAUCUGGAAUACCAUCUACCACAUCAGUAGAAAUUAAAAAUAUUUCACAUCACGAAAUUCCAAUUACUCAGUCUUCCUUAUCUGAAAAUUCUACUAUAGGAAAAAUACCACUUACAACAAAUUUUUUAUCUGAUAAACCAUCUUCUCUUCAAGGUUCCUUAUCUGCUACAAGUGGUGGAUCAUGUGAUGAAGAUGAUGAUUACUUUGGAAGUAAAAGAAAAAGACAACAAAAAAGGGGAAUUCUUCCUAAGCAAGCCACUAGUGUAAUGCGUUCUUGGUUGUUUCAACAUCUAAUUCACCCAUAUCCAACAGAAGAUGAAAAAAAAAUUAUUGCAGCUCAAACAAAUUUAACUUUAUUACAAGUAAAUAACUGGUUUAUCAAUGCUAGAAGACGUAUUCUUCAGCCAAUGCUUGAUGCAUCGUCACCUGAAAUAAGUGGAGAUCAAAAUUUUACACUUUCUAAAGAAAAAGUUGCCAUGAUUGAGGCUAAUAAGUUUUCAUGGCCUUCAGAUGACCUCUUAAUGGAAACUCAAAAUAUAAAUGAAAAUUCCAAUGAAUCAAACUUAAAUGAAAGCGAAGAAGAAGAAAUAAGGGACAUAUUUUCUCAGCGUAAUGUUCAUGAAUCCAACUAAAUUUUCAUUUUAGUAAUGAUCAUUAUUAAAUAAUAAAAACAUUAAUAUGAAAUAUCUUAUUUAUAUUGUAUUUUUAGGUAACAUUUUUUUGUUUACUUAAAUCUUGUAUUAAAGUGGCCUAUUAACUGCAUAUUUUAAUUUAUAAAUUAAAACAUAAACUCAGUAUUCAUAAAAUAGAAAUAUGAAUGGUUGUAUUAGUAGAUUGUGUAUGCUAAAUCAUCACCAAACUAUGAAAAUAUUUAUUACCAAAAUAUGAUAUAAUUUUGUGUUAAAUUAGUUUUAAUACUAGAAAAUAAAAAAUUUGAAGAUAAAUGAUAAAAAAAUUGAAUUAAUAAUAUUUACUUUUAUAGAAUAUUAGUUUUUGAAUCAAUUUGAGUAUUCCGUUAGAUUUUAGUUAAUUAUAACUAAAAGAAAAUAAUUAUUGAAAUAAUUAUUCUCUUUUUUAAAAUUGAAAUAUUUUUUGUUUUUAACCGAAUGAUCUCUGUAUGAACAAUUUUACAUCGAUACCUACAAAUUAAUAUUUUUAUCGAUUGUGAAACUAAUGGUGAAUAUAAAUUAGUACUAAAAAAUGAAAGUUACCAAUUAUUCUGUAAACUAUCUCAUUAAUUGAUGUAAUUGUAUUUUUUAUAUUAAAAAUUUUUACUUUUAUUUUAUAUUUUGAUCUUAAAUAUAUAGUUGAAAUUGGUGAAAAAAUUUUCAUUGUGUGAUAACAGCCGAUAUUUACCAUAUGUAUAUUAUAAUAUACACUACAUCUUAUGAAAUUUGUAUUUAGCUAUUUAAUAAUGAAAUUUAUUACCUAAUGAGUAUUAUAUAAACGUUUAAUUUUAAAUCUAAGUGAAAAAAUGAUUUAAAUAUAAUGUAUUUUCUUUUUCAUCCAUUAAGUCUUAUUACCUUAAAACAAAAAUAAAGUAUUAUAUUUAUAUCUAAUUAUUUCUUACUGCUUACUUAAUUUAUCUUGCAUAAAAUUGUAUUGCUUAAAAUUUUUUUCGGAUAUAGAAAUCAUUUUGUUUGUGUGCGUUCAUUAUUUUAUAAUUGACUUCUUUUUUAAUUUAAAAUACUUGUUUGUUACUUGUAAAAAUAUACUUUUUACUUGUAAAAAAUAGUUACUUGUAACUAUUUUAUUAAACAUUUGUGUAAUCAUAUUAUUAUAGAAACAUGUAGAAAAUUAUUUUCUAAAAUAUUGUGUCAAAUUUUGUUGUAUAAAUAGUAAAAUUAAAAUCAAUAUUUUAAAUAUAAACAGAUACUUAAAACAUUAUUAAGCAAAGUUUAAAAAAAAUAAUUGAUUCAAAGACAAAAUUAAUAUUAACCUUUAUAAUUAUAUCAUCUAAAAAAAGUUAUGAACUAAAAUUUCAGUUAGUCACAGGUUGACUUUAAUGUUGAUUUUAUGCAUAAUAUUAAAUUUUUAUCAUUAAUAUUAGUUUCAAAUAGAGUAAAAUAAAUUAUCUUUUUUAAAAUUAUAUAUAAUUAAGUAUUAAAAGUUAUAAAUAAUUUGAAUGUAGGUACAACGCUUUUCAAUUGUAGUUCUAUCUUAUUCCAAUUUUCUAUAAAAUGGAGAAAGUUUAUGUCGUCUUUUAUACAUCUAAAAACAUUAAGAAUAUCCAGUAGUUGUACUUUAAUGGACUUAAACUUGUCUCGUAUGAGUAGGAAAACAUGUUGUUAUAGUAGUUAAAAAAAUAAAUUAUAAAAUUAUUUUAGUAAUUUGAAAAUUUUCAAUUUGCAGAUGUGAAAGUUAUUUUAUAAACACCAAUUAAUAAUAUUUUCUAUUACUAAAUUACCCAAUAUAAUAAACAUUUUGUUUAAUGAUCCUUAUUUAAGAGAUUUUUAGAUUUGUUUGUCUUAGAAUAAGCUUAUUAUUUACUUAGUCUUUGAAUUAAUCUAAUAGAACUUAUAACUAUAAAAUAUAUAUAUAAAGUUUAUUUUUUUUAAUGCUCAUUUUUAUGCUUGUAUAGUUAAUAUUUAUAGUAAUCAUAAGUAAUUUAAUGAUACUAGAUAACUAAAAUGAAACAAGUAUUAACAAUUGAAUGAUUAUUUAUUAGGUAUUUUUCAACAUUAUUAACGAUUAGUUUUUAACCUUUAUUUAUCAUAUAUUAUUAAAUAAAAUGUACAUGUACAUAUAUUUUUUAAUUAUUGUUGUAGAAAUCAUAUAAAAGACUAUAAUUUUUUUAUUAUAUAAAUAUACUUAUAAAGGGUGUUUAGUCAGUAACAGGACAAUUGUUAUGAACAAUGAGAACAAUAGAAAUCCGUUUCCUUACUUACUGAACACCUAUAUGUGUAAUUAUCAAAAGUAAAGCUAUCAUUAUUCGCUCAUUAUAUUAAAUAAAAGGAAUAAAAAAAUUAUAUGUAUUUUUAUUUUAAUUUUCUAAAAUAAACUAGUUUCUUUUUUUUAA